GUGGAAUGUGAGAGUGCGAGGUGAGCUGGGGGCUAGAGCAGAGAUUAAGUUUGCAGCGGAAAAGACUGGCGCUCUCCCCCCUCUCUCUUUACAACCCACCCCACACACACACAUAGGUCGCGGAGAUGGAGAAGCGCUACUUCAGCAUGGCCGAGGUGCAGCAGCACACCACGCCAGAGUCCUGCUGGAUCAUUCAUGAGCGGCGGGUGUACGACGUGUCCGCCUUCAUCCCACGCCACCCGGGCGGCCAGCAGCUGCUGGUGCAGCGGGCGGGCAGGGACGUGAGCCGGGACAUGGAGGGACCGCCGCACCGGCACAGCACCAACGCCCGGCGCUGGCUGCAGCAAUACUACAUCGGCGAGCUGAGGCGGGAGGAUGAGGAGGAAGAACUGGAAGAAUUCGGCCAGAAGCAACAGGCUGUCAGAGAAAGAGAAAAAUACCAUCAAGCGUCAGAUAUGGUGAUGGAUGCCAGAUGCAAGUCAGUGGAUCCAGAAAAUGAUUUAGUAGAUUGGAAUAAGCCUUUGUUGUGGCAAGUUGGUCACUUACGUGAGAAAUAUGAUGAAUGGGUGCAUCAACCAGUAGAUCGGCCUAUACGCCUCUUCUAUUCGGAUUUUGUAGAAGCUUGUUCGAAAACAGCAUGGUAUGUGGUGCCAUUGGUUUGGGUUCCCAUUGUGAUUCUCUUUAGUUGGUAUUGCUACACCGAGCUGGCACAAGGCAAGACUCGACUUUUCACAUCUUUCACAACAGAAUAUUCCAUCUCUGUCCACAAGUACUGCUUCCCUCUAUUAUUCAUGAUUGGAAUGUUUCUGUGGUCCUUGGUUGAGUAUCUGAUCCAUCGGUAUGUUUUCCAUAUGAAACCACCAGCUAGCAAUUACUACCUCAUCACUCUUCACUUCAUGCUUCAUGGACAGCAUCACAAGUCUCCAUUCGAUGGUUCCCGAUUGGUCUUCCCACCUGUUCCAGCAUCGCUUGUUGUAGGCUUAUUCUUUGCUGCUUUCCACUUGUUUGCUCCAGGAGCAGUCGGCAAGUCCAUCUUUGUUGGAGGUCUCGGCGGUUAUGUUGUUUAUGAUAUGAUACAUUAUUACCUGCAUUAUGGAUCUCCAAAGAAGGGCAGCUACCUCUAUGGACUUAAAGCAUACCAUGUAAAGCAUCAUUUUGAACAUCAAAAAUUAGGAUUUGGAAUUACUAGUAGGCUGUGGGACUACCCAUUUAAAACUGUAAUUCCUGAGGAAAACUUCGCGAAGAGUCACUGAUGUCUACAAUUAAUCUUCAGAUCUGCACAAUUAAUGCCUCGUCAAUCAGCCGGACUCUUGAGAAUCUAUAUCCAAUGCAUUCCUACAAAUGGCCAGACCUGAGUCUUCAGCUGCAUGUAGGAUUCCCUCCACAUCUGGAAAAGGCUAAACCUUCACUGCUUUCUGAUUUGUCCGAAUAUUAUACCCCAAUUUCUUCUAACAAAAGUGCCUGAUCUCAGAGAGCUGUAUUGCCUGUUGAUCAAUAUUUAUUAAUUGUUAAAUAUAUUUUUGGACCUUUAUCUAUAAAUUUUGUCAAAGCAUUUGUGUAUUGUAGGAAGUAUUAACACUAACGUUUGGGCUUUGAAUUUUAAGCAGUUUAUGGUUAGUAAGCAUACUGAAAAAGGGAAAAAUCAACCUGCACAAAUUAAUUAUCAUGUUUUACUUAGUGUUAAUUCCCAUGUUAACAGAUUUGAGGGAAAGCAAGACCCACAUUCUAAAGUUAUAACUUGUUCUAUCGCCUAAUUUAUCUAGAAAUGUGUCUAUAAUUUUCACAAAUCAAACCUUGUCUGCACAAAAAAAAUUUCCUCUGGGUUUAGUUAGGGUUUUUACAGUUGUAUAUUAUUCCACAUUUGGUUCCUGUUCUGUAAACCCAUAAGUUGAGGUUUUCCAGUACUUUUUAUUCAAGUUACUGAAUAGAUCCCACCAUCACUUGGAGUACAGAUACCUAAGUACUGUGCAUUUAAUUCUCUUUAAAUCUCAGAUACUUGUGGCUUUCUGGGAGUAGCUGCUUUAUAUUCACCAGUAUUUAAUAAAAAAACUUAGGCUGUAAAGAACUUGCCCUGCCUCCACCUUUUUCAGGCAUUGAAUAAAUUGUGCAUUUCCCCUGUUGUAAAACUUCAAACAAAAAUGCAGUGAAACUCUGGAGAACUUCCAUUGUAAUUUUGAAUCACCUUAUCUAUAAGCAAGAGGUUUGUUUUGCACUAUUAUAAAAUAGGUUUAUUAGUAGGUCCACAGAGCAGCAUGCAUAAUUGGAAGUUCAUAUCUGGAAGGUAUUGCAGUGAAAGUUGGUGGGAAGAUGUUUCAACUAACUACAAAUGUGGCUUAUGGGUGCUGAAGGCAUUGUUUGCCCUUAAGUCUGUUGCUAUCUUGCAUGAGAGAGAUUUAGCAUUUUAGUGGUGAAUUUUUUUUGUACAGCCCAACCCCCAAAAUUGUACUUUACAGUUUGUUCCUCUUAACACUAGAUCCUAUGUUUUGGAUACUGAUUACAUAGUACAAAUGUAACCUUGGAUGGACUAGUUCCACUACUUUAUGGGACUGUAUGCUGGCUUAACUAUGCAGAUGAAGAAAUUUUCAUUUCUACUGUUUUACCGCAAAAUAUUGACUCAUUGUGAAUGCUGAAGAGAAUCUAUAUAAGGUGAAAUGUAAUUGUAAAUAAAGGUCUGUAUAUUUUGAAAGUAGUUUUUGUCCAGACUCUUCCCAAGCAAUACAUUUGUAAUUUCUCCUGUUAUGGCAUUCUAAUAAGGUUGGAGUUCUUUAAACAAAUUCGAGAAUCAGAUGAUGUUGCUGUUUCAAGCCUCCCGAGCAAGUGAAUCAACACAAUUGGUUAGUCACUACAAUUGCUGGGAGCUGCUUGUUGAUCAAAAUGCAGUAGGAGUUCUUAGUCCAGGGAUUUGAAGAAUGUACGGCAUUAUUUUUGUACUCUGCUGAUACAUCAGUUUAUCUUGCAUAACUUUAUGCAGUGAUUUUUGUUUUAGUUUAGAAAUUAAAUUCACGUUAAUUCUUAGAAUCAGUGGUACGAUUUUUGUUUUUUUUCCUAACUUGAACCAGAGCCCGGAUCUAUCAGUUAAUAUCCUUUGCAAAAAAGUUGUCGGUUUUGGUGGCCCAUUGUCUGUUAAUUGUUUGCUGGACUGUUAAGCUAUAGUUUGAUCACCAGCACUGAUGCACCUAAAUAUGAAACACUAAUUGAAGGAAAAGUUAAACUUGGCAGUUUAAACUAACUGUGUUAUCUAUGUAGCUCCUCUCUCAAUGCUGAACUUGGGAAUAAUGUUCCUCACGUAGAAUGUCAUGUAACAUGCAGUCUUAAACCUCUGUCCAAUUGGGCAUUACUGAAAUGUUUACUGCGCUUGGUGUUCUGAGAAAAUUUGAACUUUUUUUUAUUGACAAGCAAUUAUGAACUCGAUAACUGAGGGAUAUUGUAAAAUAGUCUUGAAUGCUACUGUUGGGGUCCUGUGAAACUACAGUUUACUUUGCAGAGUGGAACGUACCCCAUGUACAGCAUUGCCCAGGCAGUAGAAUCUUGUGUAACGUUAAUAAAUUUAUAUCUGCAGCACUGUAUCAAUUUGCUUUUGAUUGACUAAUUGUUAAUAAAUUUCUAGUUUGUAAAAUGAGCCAAGUUGAGAUCUAUAAAGAAUUUUGUUCCAGGAUGCUAACUUGUAACCAUAAAAAUGUUUGAUCUACCAAGCACUUUUUAAGUUGUCAGAUUGCAAUUUAUUUCUAUUUAAUAAACUUGCC